AUGAGCGUCUAUGGGAGACUUCUCCACAAAGUUAUCAUGAUGAUGAGUAUGAAGUGCAUGAAGGAAGUGGCAGGAAUUCUGCCACCAGAAGAGGCCAAGGUGCAGCCAGAGGAGGCCCUCAUAAACCUUUCCCUCCAUCUCAUCAAGGAGCUAACCAAGUCCCAAGAGGCUGAGUCUAGUUCUAAGCAACAUCACACUGGGUUCAGAGAGGAAGCGCCCCUUCAGAAGCCCACAGUCACCAAAAAGCCAUUUAUUGAAGGCUCCCAGCCCUCCCAUAGACAUAACAGCGGAGUCCCCCCUAAACCGUCCAUGUACACGGGGAACAUACCUGCCUUGAUUUCCACACUUGCUGAAGACAAGAAGGCACCCAAGUAUAAACCCAAGAAGCACCCUUCUGUCCAUCAAGGACUACAUCCUCAGCAUCUUCCUAUCAUUGAGACCAACCCAGAGUUACGAGCCCUUCUAAGCCAAGCUACCAUGUGGGUAGAUGAGCUUUUGGAUCAAGACAGCCUAGUGCAGCAACUUCACAAUAGUAUGGACACAGUCCUGAAGUCCUCUGAGGAGACCUCUAAGGAAGUCCUCCGUGCCUACGAUCUGUUCUUAUAUGAACAUAAUCAAACCCAGAACGCUGCCAGAAGUAUUAGGGCUUUGUUUCUGGCAAUGCAUGCCAACACCCUAACUGCCAAUGAAUAUUGGUAUGCUGAAAGAGGGCUUGCAGCUCUCUAUGCUGACACAGCUCGUGGGGGACAACUCUCCCUAAACUCUACUUUCUCCACUAAACUCGCUAUGUUCUCGAUCCUUAACUCCGGUGUGGGUUCUCCAGGAUUCUGCAAGGUCCGGGCUCAACUAAUCUACUACCCACUUGUUGUGGGCUAG